GUUGUGGACUGUGUGAAGGCACAUUUGAACAGGAAGCAGUAUGUAGAGUAGAACAACAACGCGCUCUUUGAAUGGCUUUAUUCAGAUCCCCCUUCAUUCUUUCAUUUUAGUGUUUAGCUAACUACGUAAGUGCGAACCAGAAGGCUGUCUGUUGGAAUAUGCAGUGUUCUUCUAGCGAAAAUUCCCGAAGACGUGAUACUGCGAGGUGACUGUCUCUAAAGUGAAACUUUACCGGCCGCCGUGAAUAGCUGAGCUGAAGAAGACCCCCUAAAAGGACCCUCCACCCAGCAGGACUUAAAGGGAGCAAGAGACAAUGGCUGAUGACCAUAGAGAGCCAGCUGGGCUGGAUGGACUGCCAGAGCUGUACAGCAUCCUACAAGGAGAGGUGGCUUCUGUAACAGAAUAUGGAGCCUUUGUCAAGAUUCCAGGAUACAGGAAGCAAGGGUUGGUUCAUAAGAGUGAGAUGUCUGCCUCUCGAGUAGAUAAUCCUGCUGAAAUUGUUGAUGUUGGUGAGAAAGUUUGGAUUAAAGUCAUUGGCAGAGAGAUUCAUGAUGAUAAAGUCAAACUCUCUUUCUCCAUGAAAGCCGUGAAUCAAGGGACAGGGCGGGACUUGGAUCCGAACAAUGUGAUGGCAGAGCAGGACGCACGCAGGCGAAGGCGCUUCCAGGAUAAUACAAGUCAGAGAAUCACGCUCGAGGCUGUGCUUAACACCACCUGUAAGAAGUGUGGGUGCACAGGUCACUUUGCAAAGGACUGUUUCUCACAGCCUGGCCUGCAGUACAGUUUGGUGCCAGAAGAGGAGGAACCAGCCAGCCAGAGCACCCAAUCAGAGCCUCAGAAACGAAAGAAGGAAAAGAAAGCUAAGAAAGAGAAGAAGAAAGAGCGAAAAAGAGAGAAUUCUUCUUCUGACAGCAGUGAUGACACCAAAAGAGCAAGACACUCCCAUACACAUUCUGAAAAGAAGAAAAAGCACAAGAAGCAUAAACACAAAAAACACAAGUGAAUGCAAUAUAAGGAAUUUGGUUUUGGCUUUUUCAAAUGUAGUUAUUUUGUGCUUUUUUGUGUGCACGAGCAAAGGACUGAAUUUGUGUCUUGGAACACAAGGCAAAGAUGUACUUAUCAGUCUUGAGAAAUGUUUUUCUGAAAAGGAAAAAUAAACAAAGGUUGUUGGCUUCA